AUGAGUCUCAUACACGAAGAUACCUCCAAGUACGAAUUCAAGUUCGAGCCGUUUCUACGGAAGGAAUACUCGUUCUCGCUCGACCCCGAUAGACCGGUAUGCCAGUUCUACAACUCCCGAGAGGGCAUCAAGUCGUGCCCGAACGGCGCCCUCUGUCCGCACAAACACGUCCUGCCCAUUUUCCAGAACAAAAUCGUGUGCAAGCACUGGCUCAGGGGCCUCUGCAAGAAGAACGACCAGUGCGAGUACUUGCACGAGUACAAUUUGCGGAAGAUGCCCGAGUGCGUCUUCUUCACAAAGAACGGCUACUGCACGCAAUCGCCCGAGUGCCAGUACCUCCACGUCGACCACAAGUCCCAGGUGGAGGAGUGCCAGGACUACAACAUGGGUUUCUGUCCGCUGGGCCCGCAGUGCACCAAGAAACACAUCAAGAAGGUCUACUGUCCUCGAUACAUGGUAGGGUUCUGCCCUCUGGGCGCGGACUGCGACUGGUCGCACCCCAAGUUCACGGUGCCGUCCGAGCAUAGCAAGUUGCGCAUCAAGAAGGACGAGCACAUCAACACCCGGAAGCUCGACGAGGAGCGCGAGAGACGUUUGAACGCCAUCAUCAACGGAGACGUGACCGUCAUGUGA